AUGGGGGGGGAUAACGAAGCUAUAUAUGAUCUGGGUGUGUGGCCGGUUGAUGUGGGCCCCGAUCCAAGCUCUCUCUCUCUCUCCAAAAGAUGCCAAGACCGAGUGAUACCUUGUGCCUUCAAUCAUAAUCGCUCUGUAGUGCUUUCAUGUGCACUAGCAGCUUCCCAGCUUGCUUAUUUAGUACCGCGCUCUAUUCUUUCUAGUUGCUACAUUUAG